AUGGCAGCACAUUUCGACCCCGGCCUGUAUCGGAAGGUCACGGCAAAGUUCAUCGACGAGGCCCGCCGAGUUGCGGUGGACUUCGGCGUCGCCCAGCCGCUGAACCUAGCUGAGCUACGACCCGACACCGCACAUGGCAUCAAGCAGCUUUCGCGGCACAUGCAGCUCAGCGAGCCAGACAGCGACUGGCUGCUAUGUCUGGCCUCGCACCUCGAACCGGAGCUAGGAGAUGUACUUGUCCCAGAGCUGUGGCAGCUGAAGAACGACGUCGUCACCUCAGCAAUGCGACGGGAAAGACCACGAGAACCUUCACCGUUCAGUCUGCCACCUGCAAUCACAGACAUGACAGAUGUGGAGGACUCGGUGCUGCCAGCACCGGAGCGAAAGAAACGCGCAAGAUCAUCGAGCCCUUGA